UUUCCUGCUGAAGGAGAAAGCAGACAGGCAACACCGGCACCGGGAACAAAGUGUGCCUAUCAGGUGGAGUCAUGUUUGAAGCCUUUCUGCCCGCACUUCUGGUCCUGCCCUGGGUCAUGUCUGUUCCUCCCACCUCCUCCUUCUCCUCUUCCUCCUCUGCUACCUCCCCUACAUCCUCUUCCUCAUCCUCCUCCUCCUCUUCCACCACCUCCUCCCCUACAUCCUCCGCCAAUACGUCCACAUGCCACCGCUGCUGUGACCACCUGGACCCACCAGAGGGCGAUGUGGGCCACAGGCCAGAGAUUCGCACACACAUCGACAUGACCAUCCUCAAAGGUGACAAAGGAGAGCGUGGUGACAGAGGCUCCCCAGGUAAGGUGGGCCCUGAGGGCCGCCCAGGCAGUGCUGGUCCAGAGGGCCCCAAGGGCUCCAGAGGGGGGCCCGGACCCCCAGGGGCCCCAUGUAACACCCAGCACGCUGCCUUCUCCGUCGGACGCCGCAAGGCGCUCCACAGUGAGGAUGAGUACCAGGCGUUGCUGUUCGACGUGACCUUCGUCAACCUGCAGGGCGACUUCGACAUGUUCUCCGGACGAUUCCACUGCCGCGUGCCGGGGGUCUAUCUGUUCAACGUCAACCUGCAUACCUGGAACUUCAAGGAGACGUACGUUCACGUCAUGCAGAACGAGACGGCGCGCGCCAUCGUGUAUGCACAGCCCAGCGAGCGCUCUAUCAUGCAGAGCCAGAGUGUGAUGCUGAUGCUGCGCCAUGACGACCAAGUGUGGCUCCGCCUCUUCAAGAGAGAGCGGGAGAACGCCAUCUACGGGGACGACACAGAUGUUUACGUUACCUUCAAUGGCCAUCUCGUCACGGCCCAGGAGGAGUGAGGAGGGG